CCACAGCCCAGCGCUCAAGGGAGGGGCAGAGCAGAGAGCGUAAAACACUCCCUGCACAGAGUUAACCCUUUGAUUGCUCCUCAUGUUAACCCCUUCCUGCCCAGUACCAUUAGUACAGUAUCAGUGCUUUUUUUCACGCUGAUCACUGUAUUGGUGUGACUGGGGAUGUCAGUGACACUAAGUCAGUUCCUCCCAGUGUCAGAAUGUCCAACGCAGUCCCGCUAUAAGUCGCUGAUCACCGCCAGUUAGUAAAAAAAAAACAUUCCAGUAUCUAUACCGCCAUUUGUAAACGUUAUAACUUUCAUGUAAACCAAUUAAUUUA